AUGACCGACAUACAGCAGUGGGUUGACGAUGACGGCUGCCACCACCACCAAACCACCGACCGCAAGCACGACCGGCGGCCCGAACAUGAAGAGCGGAAUAUUGUGGUUGUCGAAAGGACCACACAUCCACAAGAAGAGCGCGCAGCAGUGGUUGGUACUGGGGAUCACAUCGUGGUCCGACAGGAAGGCACAAAGGUACACAUCACCUGGGAGAUUCAAUUCUAUGUGGGUCGUUCAAUCGUUCAAUGGAUGCUACGUGGGACAGGUGGAACUGACAUGCUGAUAGCAUGAAGCUUAUCAAGGUGACGAUUUGACACUCCAAUAUGUGCACGAACCGCUGGUGUUCAAAUACACUAUCGAUACCGCUGUCAAUUCCGGUCAUGGCCAUUAUCCUUCCCAGCUGAGGAGGAAUCUCGGUCCAGCACGUUCGCUUCCACCUCCUCGUCCCUCCGCCGACUCCUUCCAUAAUCUCGAGAACAACGAAGGCUUCCACAGGAAUACCAGAUCCGGCCGAAACGAUCGCUCCUAUCGGGAUGACCAUCUCAUCCACACUCGCCCAAGAUCGUUUCGCCAGAACGAAGCUCGACCUCCGCCAUCAGCUCCUCGUGCUAUGCUACGUCAACGUCUCUCGCUAGCACCGUCUUCAAGAGGAGACUAUUUCUCGGAUGAUCGCGCCCACUACAGUGAAGAGGGCGAGCAAGACGGAUACUCAUCCCGCGGCGACAGCAGAUACGGGGUUGGAUCAGAGCGGGGCGGAAGCGACUAUUGA